GAAACAUUUUCUACAUCUCUCAUAAGCAGUAUUCUCGUGAAGCAAUCAUUUCCAAGGAUCAUGCCCGCACCACCUGUCAUUUCAGCUACUUGCAAGCAGACUCGAUUUCAUCUGCUUGAUGACAAACCUUCGAAUGAAGUCGAUGUUCAAGGAUUGAGCAUACUAAUUGGCUCAGCGGAUCAAAACAGCAACGAUAUUAGCAGCAAUGAGGCCGCAUCGACAAAGACCAAGGAUAAAAUAAAAGCAAAGUUGAAGAGCAAGGGCCGUGAACUAGUCACCGACGCACAUUUACGUUUGAAGGGAGGGAGACAUUAUGGCCUCGUCGGACGAAAUGGAACCGGAAAAUCUACAAUCCUUCGUGCCAUGUCUGAGAAAAUAAUUCCCGGCAUACCAUAUUCUACCCGUAUAGCAAUACUUCAGCAGAUUGGUGACGAAGAUCAAAGUGGUCACACGAGGCCGGCCAAAUCUGGAAUAGAGAAUGAGGAUAUGACCGUCCUGCAGAAAGUCAUGCAAAGUGAUGAGGCCAAGAAUAAUCUUUCCCAGAAGAUUGACAUCCUAUCUGCAGCGUUCGAAGAUACAGAUGAUACAUUCAACCCAAUCCGUGCUUCUCGACAGCUGAAGCAUGAGGAGCUGGAGACACAGCUUUGCUUAGCACAAAAGAAUGCCAGCUUGCGCAGCGGCAGUAGAGGACUUCAGGCCAGAAAAGAAUUGCUUGCCAUGGAGGCCAAAAUAACCGCUUCAGCUGAUUUACUUUGUCAAUCAAAAGACGACCUGGACCCAAGUAUGUUUCAGCAGGAAACACAGGCCGCAGUCGACCUCUUAAGCGAUAUGCAAUCUCAUUUUGAAGCUAUCCGCAUCCCCGACAUUGAGCGUGAGGCUCACAACGUCCUGCGCGGACUCGGGUUCUCCGAAGACGAUUUCUCCAAGUCAUACUCCACACUCUCUGGCGGGUGGAGGAUGCGCGCCACGCUUGCAGGGAUUCUAAUUCAGAAUCCUGAGAUUAUGAUCCUUGAUGAGCCUACAAAUUACCUCGAUCUUCUCGGAGUCAUAUGGCUCGAGACCUACCUGAAACGGCUGCGCGAAAGCUCCGAGACGACGCUCAUCCUGGUCUCGCAUGAUCGCGCGUUCAUGGACGCUGUCUGCGAAGAAACCAUUAUCCUCCGAGACCAGGACCUCACUUAUUUCCGAGGAAACGUAUCUGCGUACGAGAAUGAUCGAAAGUCCCAGCAGCUGUACUGGGCCCGCAUGCAAGAGGCACAAGAUCGCCAGACUGCUCACAUGCAGGAUACUAUUCGGGAUACCAUGAAGCAAGGUAAGAAGACAGGUGAUGAUAGUAAAUUGCGCAUGGCAAAGUCUCGACAGCGCAAACUCGACGAGCGCAUGGGAAUCGAAGUUAAUGCCAAGGGCGGGCGAUUCAAGCUGAAUCGGGACCUAGCCGGGUGGCAUAGUACAAGGCGUGAUGCAAUCGAAAUUCCGGCAGAUGAAAAGGCUGUUGUGAUGUCGUUCCCAGAUCCGGACCUGACAGAGCUACGUUUUCCAGGGCCUUUAAUCUCGAUGGAGCAGAUAACAUUUGGUUAUCCUUCUGGUUCUCGCGGUCUCAAGAGAGCUGGGACAGGAUCUGGGAUGUCUGCUUCCAGCACAACUACUGUACCCGUGCUGAAUGAGAUUAAUUUCAGCAUCUAUCCUGGUGAUAGACUCGGCAUUAUGGGCCUCAACGGUAGCGGAAAAUCCACGCUACUGAAACUUUUAGUUGGCCAAGAAAAACUGCUGAAUGGGCGGGGAACUAUAUCUACCCAUCCACGACUCAAGUUAGGAUAUUUCUCUCAGCACUCAGCCGAGAGUCUCCGCGCUACAGGAAUUGCAGAGCCUGAGCUGAGCGCUCUCGCGCUAAUGAUGCGUGAAGUCGGCGGCACAAUGGCUCAAGGUGAGGUCAGAGCCCUUCUGGGAUCGAUGGGAUUACCUGGACGAAUUGCGUCAGAUGUUCCGGUUAGACUAUUGAGUGGCGGACAGCUAUCCCGUCUCGCGUUGUCUGUGACUCUGUAUCCCCGCCCACAUCUUCUGAUACUUGACGAGCCCAGCACACAUCUUGAUCUCGAUACCGUUCAUGCUCUUGCAUCAGCGCUGGUCUCCUUUUCUGGUGCUAUCUUAUUAGUAUCGCACGAUAGGUAUUUAGUUCGCAGAGUAGUUGAGGGUAAAGUCCGAGGGAUCCAGAAGAAUUCUGAUGAUGAGGACUAUGAAGAGGAGGACGAUGGAGAUGAUGAUGAUGAUGAAAGUAGCAAGCGAUGGGGAGUGGCAUGCAAAAGGGCAGUGUAUGUUUUACGAAAGGGGAAAUUGGUCGAGCAAGAGCGUGGAGUUGAGCAAUUUGAGACAAGUUUGGAGAAGAGAGUCAACAAGAUUUCGUAUUCCACUUGAAGGCGAAUAUUGUUGAGCAUGUGACACUGCACUAGGGUCGAGAAUUGACGGGAGGAUGAGGCGUCCUCAUUCGCAGGCUGUGAUUUAUUAGAAGCAGUCUUAUACCGUUGUUUUCGGCGAAUUUAUAAUUAU